AUGGCGGAGAAGCAGAGCCCCGUGGACUACGGCGUCCAGAUCCGCUUCAUCAAUGACCUGCAGGAGCCCCGGAGACCCCCCAAGGCGCGGGGCAAGCCCGGCUCCUACGGGGUGGCGGUGCGGGUGCAGGGCAUCGCCGGGCAGCCCUUCGUCGUCCUCAACAGCGGCGAGAAGGGUGGCGACUCCUUCGGGGUGCAGAUCAAGAGCGAGGGCUCCUACCCGAACGCCCCCACCGGCCCCCAGCCCUCCGGCUCCGUCAGCUCCGACUCGGACCUGCCAGAAAACCCCUACGCCGGCCGGCAGCCCCGGCAUGGCUCGUCCUACAGCACCUCGGACGAGGAGGUGAGUGGCGUCCCGGCGACCUCUCGGCAUGAGCCCAAACCUCCGCCGGGCAAGCGGCCGCUCGGGGAGGAGCUGCGGAGGACACAGUCCCAUGGGGAUCUGCUCGGUGCCGCCAUGGAUGAGCCCCUUGCCGCUGGCACUCCCCGGGCCAGCGGCAGCCGGCAGCACCGGGCUCUGGCCGGCGGCAAAAGCAGCAGCAUGUUGAACAUUGCGCCGGAGCGGAGCAAAGCCUCCAGCUCGAGGGCCAUGGCCAAGGACCCCUGCUCAGACACGGAGGCCACAGUGGAUGCCGGCGGCUGCGACGUGGACACCAAACCCCUCUGCUCGGUGGAUUCACUCAUCAGCAAGUUCGACGGGAAGGUGCAGCAGCGAGGCCGGGCGGCCAGGAGGGGCCGGAUCCCCUCGGAGGAGAGGAAACGCUCGCAGAGCCUGGAUGGCCGCGUCUCUCACCGCGACAUGCUGGAUGCCGGGGAGCUGAGCGGUGUCCAGCGCCGGGCCAGCGGCGUUCGCCCCCACCCCUCAGUGCCCGCCGGCAGCCUGAGCCGCCCAAGUGGAGCCGGAGGGAUGGAGGACGGGGGGACGAGGAGCCAGCAAGCGAACCGGGCCGUGGAGGAGCCCACGACUGAGCGGCUGCAGAGCAAAGCCCGGGCGGAGCUGCAGGUACUGGGGGGACUGGAUCCUGCUGGGAUCACAAGGGUCACCAGCUCCUUAACCAAGGGGGGCACCGGCACCAAGGCGAGCACCGGUGUCCUCCGGAGUGGUGGGACCUGCGGGGCGGCUCGUGUCCUUGCCGGAGCUGAGCUUUUUAAUCUCUCACAGCAGCUCAAAUCCACCCCGGACCUGCUGCGCGACCAGCGGGAGGUCGCCCAGCCCGGCAGCAGCGAGCACCCCAAGGAGCUCAUCUACAGCAUCCUGAAGGAAGGGAGCAGCGAGAGCGAAAUCUCCCUGAAGAGGAAAACUGCCCGGCUGCUUGAGAAGAUGCAGGAGCUGGCGGUGCCCGCUAAGGACGCGGUGUGUUCCCAGCCCCAGCACAGAGAGCUGGCCCGGAAGGUGGAGGAGCUGCAGGAGAAGCUCGAUGAGGAGACCAAGCUCCGCCAGAAGCUGGAGCUGACCAGGGAGCCGGGGAGGAGCGGCUCCGCUCGGGCCCUGGAAGCCCGGCUGCGGGAGGCCGAAGGGGAGAGCCAGCGUCUGCGGGCCGCCCUGGAGAAGAAAACCCAGGAGCUGCAGAGAAGUUUGCAAGAGCUGAGCGAGGUGAAAACAGCCAAGGAGCAGGCAGAGACCCGGCUGGGCGACUGCGAGGAGCAGCUGCUGGCCAUGCACCGACAGCUCGACCGCCUGCGCAAGGGCUCCGGCGCGUCCCCGGACAGCGAAGCCUUGUACAAGGAGCUGCUGGAGACCAGGGAGGAGCUGGAAGAGGCCCUGAGCUCCAAGCAGCGGCAGGAGGAGCAGCUGCGGCUGCGGGAGCGGGAGCUGACGGCGCUGAAGGGAGCCCUGAAGGAGGAGGUGGCCAGCCAUGACAAGGAGCUCGACCGUGUCCGGCAGCAGUACCAGAACGACAUGGAGCAGCUGCGGCGCAGCAUGGAGGGCAUCUCGCAGGAUCAGGCCGACCUGGAGUCGGAGAGGCAGAAGAUCAACACCGUGGUGAGGAACCUGCAGCGGGAGCUGGAAGAGAGCGCGGAGGAGACGGGGCACUGGCGGGACAUGUUCCAGAAGAACAAAGACGAGCUCCGCAACACCAAGCAGGAGCUGCUGCAGGUGAAGCUGGAGCGGGAGGAGUUUGAGGAGGAGCUGCGGGAGCUGCGGGAGCGCUUCGCGGCCGCCCGGGAGGAGGCGGACCAGGCACGGAGCAGCGCCGUGGACCCCGGCGAGCUGGAGGCACUCAGGAAGGAGCUGCGGCAGGCGCGGGAGGCGCAGCGGGAGCUGGCAGCGGAGAAGCAGAGCCAGGAGGAGCUGCUGCAGCAACGGGAGCAGGAGCUGGCGGCGCUGAAGGGCACCAUGCGGGAGGAGGCGUCCAGCCGCGACGGGGAGCUGGAGCGGUACCGCAGAGACCUGCAGCAGCUCCAGGAGGAGCGGGAUGAGGCCACCAAGGCAAAGGCAUCCCUGGAGAGCGCGCGGGAGGCGUCGGAGCAGGCGAGGAAGACGGUGGAGUCCAGCCUGCGGGAACUGCAGGAGCAGAACGACGACCUGAGGAGGAAGAUCCUCGGGAUGGAGACGCAGCUGAAGGAGUACGAGCGCUUGGGCGAGAACUGGGAGGGCUCUCAGGCACGGCUCAAGGAGAAGGUCACCAAACUGGAGGCAGGGCGCAGGCAGAUGGAGGAGUCGCUGGGCGAAGCCGCGGAGCGAGAGCAGGAGCUGCUGAUGGCCAAGCGGUCGCUGGAGACGCGCCUGGAGGAGGCGCAGCGGAGCCUGGCCCGGCUGACGCAGGAGCACCAGGAGCUGGGCGCGUCCUACCAGGACGAGCAGCGGCAGAAGGAGCAGCUCAAGCGUGCCAAGAGCGAGCUGGAGGAGCAGAAACGCCUGCUCGAUCGCACCACGGAGAAGCUGAACAAAGAGCUGGAGCAGAUGACGCAGGAGUCGCACAGCUCGCUGGCCGUGCUGAAGUCGCAGCUGGAGGAGUUCAAGGAGAAGUCACGAAAGGAGAUCACGGACUCCCAAAAGCAAGCCAAGGAUCGGGGCGCCGAGGUGGAAAAGAUGCAGUUCAGCAUGGGACAGCUGCAGGACGAGGUCGCGCGGCUGAAGCAAGCGCUACAGGACAGCCAGGCGGAGCGGGAGAGCACGCUGCUGGAUAAGGAGGUGCUGCUCCAGCGCCUGCACAACCUGGAGCAGGAGGUGGAGACCAAGAAGCGCUCCCAGGACGAUCGCUCGCGGCACGUCAAGGCACUGGAGGAAAAGUCCAAGCGCCUGGAGGUGGAGCUGGACGAGGAGAGGACCACAGUGGAGCUGCUGACGGAGAGGGUCAACCGGAGCAGAGACCAGAUCGACCAGCUGCGGGCAGAGCUGCUGCAGGAGCGCUCCAGCCGGCAGGACCUGGAGUGUGACAAGGUCUCACUGGAGAGGCAGAACAAGGAGCUGAAGAGCCGCCUGGCCAGCUCGGAGGGGCUGCAGAAACCCAGCAGCAACGUCUCGCAGCUGGAGGCGCGGGUGGAGGAGCUGCAGGACAAGCUGCAGGCGGAGGAGAGGGAGAAGAGCAUCCUGCUGUCCUCCAACCGCAAGCUGGAGAGGAAGGUGAAGGAGCUGACCAUCCAGAUCGAUGACGAGCGGCAGCACGUCAGCGACCAGAAGGACCAGCUGAGCCUGCGGGUGAAGGCCCUGAAGCGUCAGGUGGAUGAGGCGGAGGAGGAGAUCGAGCGGCUGGAGGGCGCCCGCAAGAAGGCGCAGCGGGAGCUGGAGGAGCAGCACGAGCUCAACGAGCAGCUGCAGAACCGCAUCAAGGCGCUGGAGAAGGAGGCUUGGCGCAAAGCUGCCCGCUCGGCCGCCGAUUCCUCCCUGCAAGACGACCAGCUCAGCUCGGACGAGGAGUUCGACAGCACCUACGGGCCCUCCUCCAUCGCCUCGCUGCUCAACGAGGCCAACCUCCAGGCCAGCUCCUGCUGA